AUGAAGUCGACAAAUACAGUACCCCAGAAACGAAAGAAGGCGGAGAGCGAUGACGAGGACGAGAUUGUCAGAGAUGGUAGCCUUACAUCGGCUGCUGAUAAUUUCUUCGAGGCGCUGUCUGAGGCCGGCAUCACUCACUGCUUCGUCAACCUGGGGAGCGACCAUCCCGCGAUGUUGGAAGCGAUGAUCAAGGCUAAGCAAGAAAACAAAACGAAUUUUCCAAACAUCAUUACCUGUCCUUCCGAACUGGUUGCACUAUCAGCUGCACUGGGAUAUGCUCAAACUACAGGAGUUCCGCAAUGCGUGAUUGUCCACGUUGACUGUGGCACUCUUGCUAUGGGACAAUCUAUACACAAUGCCUCCGUUAGCAGAGUUCCAGUCCUGUGCUUUGCUGGCUUAAGUCCUUUUACUCAGAAUGGCGAAAUGCUGGGUUCGAGAACAGAGUUCAUCCAUUGGCUGCAAGACGUCCCUGAUCAAGCGGCGAUUGUCCGACAAUACUGCAGAUACACAGGUGAAAUAAAGACUGGACGCAAUAUCAAGCAGAUGGUCUCGCGAGCCUUGCAGUUUGCUACAUCUGAUCCUAAAGGCCCAGCAUAUCUAAUGGCUGCGAGAGAGGCACUAGAGGAACGUGUGGGAGAAGAAAGCCUGGACGGAGAAAUUCUCAGUUCAAUCACUCCAAGUGCAUUGCCAGAGCAAGAGGUGGAAUUAAUUGCCAAGUCGCUCAUGGGCGCAAAACGACCGGUUGUCAUCACGAGUUAUCUUGGUCGGAAUCACAACGCACCGGCCCUCUUGGCUGAGCUUUGUGAUAAACUUCCAAUAACCGUCGUGGAGAUGGUGGGCUCGGACGUUUCUCUUCGGAGUGACCACGAAGCAUAUCGCGGCGUUACCGUGACUACUCAUCCGGAGGUUCUUGAAGCCGAUGUUAUUCUUAUUCUUGAUUGUGACGUGCCUUGGAUUCCAACUGCUGGAAAGCCUCGAGCCGGGACCAAAAUAUUCCAUCUAGAUGUUGAUCCGUUGAAGCAACAGAUGCCGCUAUUUUCAAUCAACGCCACACGCAGGUUCAAGGUUGGGUGUGGAAUUGCACUUGAGCAAAUCAAUGCUUUCCUGGACAAACAGGACAUAGAUCAGGCUAUGUAUGCCCUGGACUUUGAGGAGCGGUCAAAGAACUACAAAACCUGGAGGGAAAGCCUACAAGCACUUGAAUCGCCAUCGGAAGAUGGUGUAGUCAGCGUACCAUAUCUGGCAUCAAGACUACGAGAUUCCCUCCCCCAAGACACUAUUUAUGUUUUGGAGGCUGUAACUAAUGCGGGACAUCUCAUCCACCACUUGAACCUGACCAAGCCUGGAAGUCUGGUUGCCAGCGGCGCAGGUGGUCUGGGGUGGGGAGGUGGCGCAGCACUGGGUGUCAAGCUGGGCAAGCCCGGUUCAUUCAUAUGUGCAAUCGUCGGUGACGGAGUCUAUCUAUUCUCACAGAUGGAAAGUGUCUAUUGGAUCGCCAGACGCUACGAUAUCCCCUUCCUCCUCAUUGUUCUCAACAACGGCGGAUGGAACGCACCAAAGGUGUCUGCGCUUCUGGUCCACAAGGACGGGUUAUCAUCGAAGUCAAAUAGACGAGAUCUCAAUAUCUCGUUCGACCCUUCUCCCGAUUACCCCGGUAUUGCCGCUGCAGCCGGUAAGGCGUGGGGUAAGACAGUUACCGUGCAAAGCGAGCUUGAUCCUGCUAUCAAGGAAGCGACCGAUGUUGUUCAGGGUGGGAAAUGUGCUGUUAUUGAAGUUUGUGUUCCGUCUAUGUGGAAGGAGAACUAG